UCAGUCCGCCCCCCUUAUCUGUCCCUCCAGCCAAACGAACAGUGGAUGUUAAUGCGGUGAGCCAAACAGAUAUAUUAAAAGUAGGAACGUUCGACAAUUUCCCAGAAAUAGCUCACGGGAAAUUCUGUAGCUUGACCGGUGCCAAGGGGGCGUGGACCCACACACCCAUCUCCCUUCCCCAUUUAUAUAUGCUGGGGACCGGACUUUCCCUCUCAGAUUUGUGUAGGCACAUUUGCACAAAAAGGCCUUCGUCAUUUCGUCCAAAGCUUUCUGGCAGAAACGUCAUCGGCAUUCCCGUACACAAUGUUGUUCAGAUUUAUUGUAGUCGUACUUUUUGCCCGCGUUUGCCAAGGAUCGGAAAAAUUGAAGGUGACGGUUUCUCCGCGCGAUGCGCUCGAGGGAAAGCCGGUGAAGAUCCAAUGUGAGAUGCCCUCAAAGAGACCGGCCAGAUUCCAGUGGCUCCAGCUGCCCCCAGCCACCGCCUCUCACAGACUGCUGUCGAUGGACAGUUCCACCAUCACCAUCUCGUCACUGCGUCGCAGCGAUGGUGCCGACUACAAGUGCAUGGCCACCACCGAUGAUGGGAUAAUCCACACGGGCUCAACGAAGUUGGACGUCUAUUACCCUCCCCAGGCCAUGACGUUGAGGCUGAGCCCCCACAGCGACCCGGUCGCCCGAAGCGAUCGGAGCCCGGCGCACGUGGCCGUGGCAAAGGGGGCCUCGCUCACGCUCAUCUGCGAAGGGGACUCCAACCCAAAGCUGAUAAUGGCGUGGAAGAGAGGGUCGGAAGAGAUCGACCACUGGACCUCGGAGUACACCGUCGAGCAGCCGCAAGAGGCCGUGUACACGUGCGAGGCCGUGUACGAGAUCGCCAACGUCAAGUACAACGUUUCCGUCAACGUCACCAUUCAGGAACCGGUCUCAAAGCCACAAGUGAAGGUAGAGAGCACAGUGGUGCUGGACCGGGUUGGCGCUGUGACAAUGACCUGCUCACACGACAUGAACACACAGCCCGAGUACAGUUGGUUGCGGAACAAUCGACCCAUCUUCGCCCAGGAGGAGAGGUACACGUUCAUCGGUGGAGGUGCCUCCCUGCGUGUGGAAAGCGUCCGCCAUACAGACACGGGGGCUUACCGAUGUGUGGUGUGGAACGACGUGAGCAAGGAGACCAGCGAGCCAGUGACGGUGACGAUUCUGGAAUCCGUCACAAAGCCACGACUUGAGAUGGACAGAAGCGAGGCACUAGAGGGAACUCACUCUGUGACAAUGACCUGCUCACACGACAUGAGCGUACAGCCUGAGUACAGUUGGCUGCGGGACAAUCGACCCAUCUCUGCUCUGGAGGAGAGACACAAAUUCCUCGAUGGAAAUGCCUCCCUGCGUGUGGAAAACGUCAAAAAGGAAGAUGCAGGGCUGUACCGAUGUGUGGUAAAAAACAGCUUGAGCCAGGCAACCAGUGAUCCAGUGAGGAUGACAGUUCUAGAAGCCGUCACAAAACCGCGAGUUGAGAUGGACAGAAGCGAGGCACUAGAGGGAACUCACUCUGUGACCAUGGCCUGCUCACACGACAUGAGCACACAGCCUGAGUACAGUUGGCUGCGGGACAAUCGACCCAUCUCUGCUGCGGAGGAGAGACACAAAUUCCUCGAUGGAAAUGCCUCCCUGCGAGUGGAAAACGUCAAAAAGGAAGAUGCAGGGCUGUACCAAUGUGUGGUAAAAAACAGCUUGAGCCAGGCAACCAGUGAUCCAGUGAGGAUGACAGUUCUAGAAGCCGCCACAAAGCCGCGAGUUGACAUGGACAGAAGCGAGGCACUAGAGGGAACUCACUCUGUGACCAUGGCCUGCUCACACGACAUGAGCGUACAGCCUGAGUACAGUUGGUUGCGGGACAAUCGACCCAUCGCUGCUGCGGAGGAGAGACACAAAUUGCUCGAUGGAAAUGCCUCCCUGCGCGUGGAAAACGUCAAAAAGGAAGAUGCAGGGCUGUACCAAUGUGUGGUAAAAAACAGCUUGAGCCAGGCAACCAGUGAUCCAGUGAGGAUGACAGUUCUAGAAGCCGCCACAAAGCCGCGAGUUGACAUGGACAGAAGCGAGGCACUAGAGGGAACUCACUCUGUGACCAUGGCCUGCUCACACGACAUGAGCGUACAGCCUGAGUACAGUUGGUUGCGGGACAAUCGACCCAUCUCUGCUCUGGAGGAGAGACACAAAUUCCUCGAUGGAAAUGCCUCCCUGCGUGUGGAAAACGUCAAAAAGGAAGAUGCAGGGCUGUACCAAUGUGUGGUAAAAAACAGCUUGAGCCAGGCAACCAGUGAUCCAGUGAGGAUGACAGUUCUAGAAGCCGCCACAAAGCCACGCGUUGAGAUGGACAGAAGCGAGGCACUAGAGGGAACUCACUCUGUGACAAUGACCUGCUCACACGACAUGAGCACACAGCCUGAGUACAGUUGGUUGCGGGACAAUCGACCCAUCUCUGCUGCGGAGGAGAGACACAAAUUCCUCGAUGGAAAUGCCUCCCUGCGCGUGGAAAACGUCAAAAAGGAAGAUGCAGGGCUGUACCAAUGUGUGGUAAAAAACAGCUUGAGCCAGGCAACCAGUGAUCCAGUGAGGAUGACAGUUCUAGAAUCCGUCACAAAGCCGCGAGUUGAGAUGGACAGAAGCGAGGCACUAGAGGGAACUCACUCUGUGACCAUGACCUGCUCACACGAUAUGAGCGUACAGCCUGAGUACAGUUGGUUGCUGGACAAUCGACCCAUUUCUGCUGCGGAGGAGAGACACAAAUUCCUCGAUGGAAAUGCCUCCCUGCGCGUGGAACACGUCAAAAAGGAAGAUGCAGGGCUGUACCAAUGUGUGGUAAAAAACAGCUUGAGCCAGGCAACCAGUGAUCCAGUGAGGAUGACAGUUCUAGAAGCCGCCACAAAGCCGCGAGUUGACAUGGACAGAAGCGAGGCACUAGAGGGAACUCACUCUGUGACCAUGGCCUGCUCACACGACAUGAGCACACAGCCUGAGUACAGUUGGCUGCGGGACAAUCGACCCAUCUCUGCUGCGGAGGAGAGACACAAAUUCCUCGAUGGAAAUGCCUCCCUGCGCGUGGAAAACGUCAAGAAGGAAGAUGCAGGGCUGUACCAAUGUGUGGUAAAAAACAGCUUGAGCCAGGCAACCAGUGAUCCAGUGAGGAUGACAGUUCUAGAAUCCGUCACAAAGCCGCGAGUUGAGAUGGACAGAAGCGAGGCACUAGAGGGAACUCACUCUGUGACAAUGACCUGCUCACACGACAUGAGCACACAGCCUGAGUACAGUUGGUUGCGGGACAAUCGACCCAUCUCUGCUGCGGAGGAGAGACACAAAUUCCUCGAUGGAAAUGCCUCCCUGCGCGUGGAAAACGUCAAAAAGGAAGAUGCAGGGCUGUACCAAUGUGUGGUAAAAAACAGCUUGAGCCAGGCAACCAGUGAUCCAGUGAGGAUGACAGUUCUAGAAUCCGUCACAAAGCCAAGAGUUGAGAUGGACAGAAGCGAGGCACCAGAGGGAACUCACUCUGUGACAAUGACCUGCUCACACGACAUGAGCGUACAGCCUGAGUACAGUUGGUUGCGGGACAAUCGACCCAUCUCUGCUGCGGAGGAGAGACACAAAUUGCUCGAUGGAAAUGCCUCCCUGCGCGUGGAAAACGUCAAAAAGGAAGAUGCCGGGCUGUACCAAUGUGUGGUAAAAAACAGUUUGAGUACAGAUACCAGUGAUCCAGUGAGGAUGACAGUUCUAGGGCGUGUCUCAAAGCCACAAAUCAACAUGAACGAAAGAGAGGUCGAGGAAGGACACAGCCCUCUGAUCAUGACCUGCGCUAAUAGCAGGGAAACGGGUCACCAGUACAUCUGGUUCCACGAUAAACGGAUCAUCUCUGCUCCGGACCAGAGGUUCUCGCUUUCGAAUGGAGGCGCCACCCUGCGCGUGGAAGUCGUCCAACUCAGCGACGCCGGGGAGUACCAAUGCUUGGUGCGGAACGACGCGAGCGAAGAUGUCAGUGAGCCAGUGACGCUGACCGUCCUGGAGUCGCUCUCCAAGCCGGAGGUGAAGGUGAACGACAGCGCGGCUCGCGAUGGCGAUGUCCGCGUGGUGCGCCUGGACUGCCGGCACGGCGGGCGAGCGCGGGGCCGCGGCGCGUCGUACGCGUGGCUCCUGGACGGCCGCGAGCUGACGGAGGAGCCAGGGAUGUACGAGACGUCGGCCGACGGCGCCUCCCUGCUGGUGCUGCCCGCGGCUCGCGGCGCUUCCGGAGAGUUCCAGUGCGAGGUGCGCAACGGCCUGAGGAGCAAGAAGAGCGAGCCGGUCAGGUUGGCCCCUCCCGCCAGGGCGAAGGCAAGCCCCCAGGUGAUCUUGGGGGCCACGCUGGGCACCCUGGUGUCAGCGGCGGCCGCGGGACUCGUUUUUUGGACUUACAGGAAAGUCGCCUUCAGCAGGAGUGGCGCAAAGGGUAGGGACAGCGUUCAAAACUCGGCGACUUGAUAUCGGUUCCUGGCCACGGCUAACAUCAGUGUUACGACCUGUGGAAGAGCAUCAAGGGCCCUAAACCUCCGCCAAGCUCAAAAACGGCAACCACCAGCGUCUGAGUUGAGCAGUCUUGUCGUCAAAAGUUUGCGCGUGUGUGGUCUGAAGGAGUCGCUGGCCCGUGAGGCUGUGCGCAAGCGAUGAGUUUUGAAUGUAAAUAUCUCAUGGUUUCGGAAGGCAAUUUCAGAUCGUUUUUGGAUCUUCCGAUCGUCCACAUUUUUGUUGUGUACUAAUUUCAAAACGUCUUCGUGCUAACAAUAGUGACGUCACCCAAUUCCACGUGACAUCGCAUUUGGCGAAGAAAGCAUGGAGGCGACGCAAUGAUUUUCGAUCAGUCCGAAAGACGUGACAUUUUUUGGACUCUCCGAAAAAAUUAAUUUCUUUGGUUCGAUUUUCGCAUUAUUCAGAUUCAAUCCGAAAAUCUGGAACGCACCCCUACUGUGUGCAGUCACGCGAUCACUGCGAGUUAUAACACUGCAGAAUAUUUGAUUUGGGGGGGGGGGAGGAACAAAACACGCACCUGAAAUCCACCCUUGUGGAUCUGAUAUUUGUUUUUAAAUCCUCGAUGACAAUAUUGUAAAAUGCAAAUGCGCUUGAGUGCAAUCGUCAUUUCCGUUUACACCUAUAAAUCCGUGAACACGUCUGGCCAGCGUGGAAGAGUAGGCCAAAACACCGUCUGGGAGGGGCUCUCUAGAGCUCCCUCGAGUGGAGGCUCUUGCACGAGCAGUGGUGUGAGGCAACAAUUGCAGCGCUGCACCUUUACCUAUACUCACCUCCUGAGAUCCACUUUUCAAUGUUCUGCUCUCCCAUUCUACCAUCCAGAAACUACAGUCAUUAUUUGAUCUUUUAGUCAAAGGCCUGACUGUAAGGAUUUCCCAAGAAGCACUUAUUUUCUAUGGGACAUAUAGAUACAUGGUACAUUAUAGAGGUAUCCUCCCAAUCUCUAACUGGUCAUUAGCUUUUGCAAAUCUGAUAGUACAUGAAUAAAUGGAUAAUUGGUCAACAGAGAAUGUAUUACUGUUAUUCUCUCCGGAUAUAAAGCACUUUUUGAGUGUAUAUUAAAGCAAACGUUAUAGAUGCAUCUGAUCAUCCAUGAGGUGUGUGUACCCAGAUUUGUAUAACUUGGGGUGCCGUCUCACUGUGCAGUGCCUUUUAUAAUCCGGAGAGCACGGCAAAACAUCGGCUACGUAAACAAAACGAACGCGUAGAAAACAAGAGUAUAAUUCAUGUGCUUGUGGAACUGUGCACAAACCAUCGUGGUAAAAAAAAACUGAAUUUCUUUUGUUAUUUCCUGACCAUGUCAAUGUGCUUGGUGAGACGCAGCAAGAACACGGCAUGAUGAUCGCAGAUGGACGUCGUCCCGUUCACGGUGGUGACAUUUUGCAUUGCCUCUGAAAACUUUCAGACUGAGUAUAUUUUUUUUAAAUACUGUAGGAGGUCAGAUUUAAAAUGAAGCUCCCUUCGUCAAAAUGUGAGGCUCGUAAUUGUCGCUUGGGUAUGCGGGAAAAUUGUUCAACUCGUUGAUGUCGGGAACAAACUGGGCAUACCGAGGAUUCAUUAGUAGCGGCUGAUAGUAAAAAAUGCAUUUAAAGUAGUUUUCUUUAAAAAAAUAACAGCAGUUAAUUUCGUUUGUUUCACAUACAAAUAAUUUGCCUCCGACCACACACGGUCUGUUCGUUCCUUUAUAAUGACAUAAUUUUAGACAGUUUAAUUUUUUUAGCCAAGUGCGAUAUGAAUCGAUGUUAAAUGGAAUUUCUGUCGUAAAUGAUGCAUCUUAAAUUGAGGUAAAUAUUUAAAAGAAAAACUACAAAUUUAAGUAUGCCUUGCAAUGUUCUACCUACCGACAGUAAUUAUUGCAAUUCACAUAUUAAGAUAACGAUUUUUUAAAAAAUAUUAUCCUUUUAAAGUUGAAUCUGAAAACCAUCCUUUCAGAGCGUUCAGUGUUUAUUUAAUCUCGUUUUUUUUUCUCUUACAUGAACUUAGGAGUAAAAUCUGAGAAAAAGCCUCGAGCACUAAUGCAAUGGUAAUCACAUUUACAGUGGCUCCCUUAUCAGUUGUUGUUUUUAGAAAGCACAUUCACCCAAUACUUACAGCAGCAGAUUAGCUUGCAUCGCGUGAUAACAUACAACACGCGUGAUAACAUACAACACGCGUGAUAACAUACAACAACGCGUAAUAACAUACAUUGCGUAAUAACAUACAACACGCGUAAUAACAUUCCAUUUGAACAAAAGAUAAUCCACAUUGGAUC